UGGGAAGAAGUUACGGCGAAGGCUGACUUAAGUCAGUGCUGAUUUUCGAGGAAGUGUCCGAGCAUUUUAAAUAAACACAUAUUUGAACUAACGAGCAACGAUGGACAAGUUGCGUCGUGUAUUAAGUGGUCGAGAAGAGAAUGAAGAAUUGGGGCUUACAGCACAGGUCCUGGACGGCGCAAGCCUCAGUUUCGGCACACGGGUUAAGUGGUUCUUCAUAUGUUUUGCAGCAGGGAUCCUCUGCUCAAUACUUGGAACAGCACUCCUCUUCUUGCCAAAAACUGGAAUAAAGCUGUUUGCCGUAUUCUACACCCUAGGAAACAUUGCAGCACUUUCAAGCACCUGUUUCCUGAUGGGGCCACUCAAACAGCUGAAGCGCAUGUUUGAGCCCACCAGACUCAUAGCCACCAUUCUGAUGCUGCUGUUCCUUGUGUUGACGUUAUGUGCAGUGUUUUGGUGGAACAAAAAAGGUCUGGCAAUCAUCUUCUGCAUUUUGCAAUUCUUUUCAUUGACAUGGUAUAGCAUCUCUUACAUUCCAUUUGCGCGGGAUGCUAUUAUUAAGUGCUUCACCUCCUGUUUGAGCUAAAUGUCCUGUAUUUCAUCUGAUGUCAAGUCCUGAUGUGGAAGAGUAAAUAUGUCAAAUAUUUUCGGGAUUAUUUUUCUCUGUCAUCUCAGAACAAGUCACACUGUUUUCUGUGACCUUAAAACAUUUGCUCUUGUCUUAAUAUAAUAAUUUUAACUGAAUAUUGUUUAAUAUUAAGAGUGAAUAUGUAACAAUUGCAUUUAGUUUAAGCCUUAAAAUUGUUUCCUUUUUUAUCUUUUUCUUUGAAAGGCUUUUUUGUUUUUGUGUCUGUGUAAGGAGGGUAAAUGCCUGUAGGGUGGAGGGGGGCGGGGCCGGGCUGGGCUGGAACGACGCACGCCUGUUCCCCAAUCAGCCUGAUGGGGUGCGCGAGGGAUAAAGGCGGCCGGUGACGACAGUUCAAGAGAGAGAGAAUUAUUUGCAGCUGCCCUGUAUGUGUUUGUCACCGGCUGCCUUUAUCCCUGGCGCGCCCCAUCAGGCUGAUUGGGGAACAGGCAUGCGUCGUUCCAGCUCAGCCCCGCCCUCCUCCGCUCUACAAUGCCUUAAAUGAUGCUUCACUGAUGAUAUACUGCCAUUUAAAAGUGCCUUAUUAUGAAGUGAUGGUGUAUACUACUGUUGACUUUUGUACAGAAAAAUACAUUUCUACCAAAUAUAUUAACAAAAAAGAUUUCAUAUGUUACCACACACCAAAUAAAUGCAAUACAGAUUCUUUGUUCAUUUAUUGUUGUGUGAAUAUUUUGCCUGCUUUAUAGGGAGUUAUUGUGCCAUACAUUAUAGUCUUCUAAUGAUGUAUAUAAUGUUGAUUGUCUGAGCCGAGGGCAACAAAGACAUCUGUCUACUGCCACAAUGAAUCUCCGGAGAAGAACUGAUGGUAUUCCAUGUGUCUAAAUCUUCCUUUUCUCUUGUGGGCUUAAUUUAAGAAACAAUAUUUUCUGUUACUUUUAUACUCUUAUAGUCAUCUCCCAGAUGCUAAGAUACAGGUUAGUUUUUGUUUUCCUCUGAGAAUUACAUGAUCAUACGUGACCUAAUAACCUAAUAAACGGCUUGUCUGUUUUCAGACUGCCUAAGCAAGGUGCCUGUGGCUCUGCGGAUGGGGUUUCCAUGACAACUGUGGGAUUGCUCUGUUUUCUUGAGCAUCCUUUCUACACGGCACACUUCUGUUGUGCAGUGUUGAUCGCAUGUUUAAUUCCAUGACGAGAUGUUGGUGGAUCCCACAGAUUUUAGCUGAGAAGAUAAAUGCGUCAGAUUUUAGCCUGCAAAAACAGUGUUAAGACAAAAUGCUUUAAUCUUGAGUCAUGGGUAGGCUAUGCAUGUCAUUUCAUUCUAUAUUUAAAGGAAUUGUUCACCCAAAAUCAAUUUAUCAGCCUCAUGUUAUUCCUAACCUAUAUGCUGUUAUUUAUUUAUUUUCUGUGGAACACAAAAAUAAAUUU